AUGGGCAAUAAUGUAUCGGGGAUAUCGACGCUCCAAAGAGGACAACUGCAGGGCUUUCAAAGACUGAGAAACUCUCAGAAAGACUCCCUUGGUGGCCCGUUCCCAUCCACGUCACACCGAUGUCACCACAAACCCAAGAGGUGCCUGCCUAUCCAGUAUGGCAGCGUCGGCGGGGCCCUUCCCAUCAGCCCACUCCUCUUCCAUCCUAACGCAAAGGGUUCCCAAAUUGUCAUGGACCUCGCUCAGAAGACAGUCAAGAGGCAGGCCAGUUUCUGCAACGCCAUCACCUUCAGCAACAGGCCCAUCGCCCUGUAUGAGCAAGUCCGCCUCAAGAUUACUAAAAAGCAGUGCUGCUGGAGCGGGGCUCUGCGUCUGGGCUUCACCUCCAAAGACCCCUGCAGGAUAAACCCAGACAACCUGCCCAAGUACGCCUGUCCCGACCUGGUCUCCCAGAGCGGCUUCUGGGCUAAGGCCCUGCCUGAGGAGUUCGCUAACGAAGGCAACGUUAUCGCCUUUUGGGUCGACAAGAAAGGCCGCGUCUUCUACCGCAUCAACGAGUCCAGUCCCAUGCUGUUCUUCAGUGGAGUCCGCACAGCUGAACCCCUCUGGGCCCUCAUUGAUGUUUAUGGUCUGACCCGUGGAGUGCAGCUGCUAGACAGUGAGAUUGUUCCUCCCGACUGUCUGCGCCCGCGCUCCUUCACCACCGUGCGCUCCUCCUCUCUGCGGCGUGAGGCGGACGACUCCCGCCUGUCCGUCAGCCUGUGCGACCUCAACCUGCAGCAGGAGGACGGAGGCAACGCCCACAAUCACUCCCAUCGCCACACCCUCCACUUGGCCUCAGCAUCCUCCUCCUCCGCCUGCCCCAUCCCCCAAAACUCCCUCAACUCCCAGCAAUCCUCCCUCCUCCCGUCCGCCCUGGAGAGCGACCUCCACUUCCACCAGCUGCGCGGCGCUCACAUUAAGACUCUGGACGAGCAGACGGUGGCGCGAUCAGAGCACGCUCGCGAAGAACGCACGCUGGUCUUCACCAACCGACCCCUGCGCACCGGAGAGACCGUGUUCAUCAAAGUAACCAAGUCCAGCCCCGCCCGAUCCGGUUCUUUGUCCUACGGCGUGACAUCAUGCGACCCGGCGGUGCUGCGCCCCAGCGACCUGCCCUAUAACCCCGAGGCUCUGGUGGACAGGAAGGAGUUCUGGGCGGUGUGCCGGGUGCCGACACCUCUCCAGAGCAGCGACAUCCUGGGCUUCUUGGUCAACCAGGAAGGAGAGGUCAUCCUCAGCCACAACGGAACCAACGUGGGGAUGCAGGUGUGCGUGGACAACUCGCGCCCACUCUGGAUGUUCUUUGGUCUGCACGGGGCUGUGACUCAGCUGAGGAUUCUGGGUUCCACUCAUCUCGGCGAUCCGCGGGCUACGUCCAACCCCAGCUCGCCCUCCUCCUCGCCGCACACCCCCAGCGCCCUGGGCAGCGGCAGCUCUGAUCCGGUCCUGAACGGAGGCCUGUGCACCGCUGCUUAUUGCAGCUCAGUGGGGGGUACUACCCCAAACUCACCAGUCAGCCUCCCUAAGUCACCUACGUUCCCAGGAGGCAGUGGGUCUUGGUCUGAAGAGUGCUCCAUCUGCUACGAGAACCUGGUGGACACGGUCAUCUACGCCUGUGGACACAUGUGUCUCUGCUACACCUGUGGCAUCAAACUGAAGAAAAUGUCCAACGCCUGCUGUCCCAUCUGCAGACGACAGAUCAAAGACAUCAUCAAGACCUACCGGAGCACGUAA